AUGACCGUCCACUUUAAGGUAGUUUCUGAAACACAAAAAAAUUUCAGGUAUAACGAACAUCGAGAGUUACGUGCAAUGCAGGAAUUGGGGAAUAGGUAUCCGCCAAGUAUUUUUUUGCUGAAAAAAAGGAGAAUUUUCAGAGAGGAACCUGUUGAACCAUUAGUUUCUCCCCCUAGGUCUAAUAACUCCAACGAUGGUUUACAAGAAAAUUUUGAAAUUGAUGAGUCAAACCUUGAAAUGUACAAAGUCAUCGAAACCGGUUCAUUUUAUAAAGGAAAGCUGAGUUUAGCAUUUUUACGAUCAAAAAGGGAUGAAACUGACACUUUAGCAGUUAUUGUGCAAUCGGCUCACAUCGCAAACGAUAAUAUUGCAUUAAGUUUAUUGAAAAUGGCCGUAAAAACAAUGUCAGGGUUCCCAACACAUCCAAACAUUUUGGCUUACCUUGGAUUUGUAAGAAAUGAAUGUAAUGAUGAAACUGGAAUACUUCCGCCUUGUCGGUGUGGAUUUGUCUGCAAGUUUUCAACAAAAGCUGACCUCGGGGAUUUUGCUGUUUGCAUGCAUGAAAUAUUCAGUCUAGGAAAAACAUCUGAUGAAGCCAUGAGCAAUGGUAAAUUCUUGGCCCAACCUGCUUUCUGCCACAAUGAAAUAUACCAUCUGAUGCAACAUUGCUGGAACGCAGACUCGGAACAAAACCGUACUUUUUCAUACUGUAUUACAUUUUUAGAGCAACACAUGAAAAAGUUCGAUGUUCCGAUUGAACACCAAAUUGAGAUGAAACUUCUAGACGCUGCAAGAGAACAGAGAAAAUUGUUGGAGUUUGUCGACUAUUGCAGAAAAAGUGUGAAGUCGUGA